AUGUUCCUCAAGAGGCAUAUCCAUCCUAACCUGCGAUGGGGUUAUCAUCACUUGAAGACACCAAAAGAACUAUGGGAUGCUCUCGAUAGCCGGUUUGGUGACAUUCAUGAUUCCUUAAUACCACAAUUGAACGUCUUGUGGAAUGAAAUCUGGUUUCCCGAUUAUGUAAAAGUGAAUGAUUUCCAAAAACACAUGCUGCAAAUUCAGGCACGUAUGUACUUUUGUGGAAAGAAACUUACUGAUGAGGAAAUGAUUCAGAAAACCCUAUCGACCUUUCCUACCUCUUCCAUGAUACUAGCAAACCAGUAUCGUUUAGAGGUAGAUAACAAAAGAAUCACCACAUUCAGUAGGUUGAUAAACUUACUGCAAGUGGCCGAAAGGCACAAUGAGAUUUUUGUCAACAACAAUGCCAUAGCUGUCGGGAAAAAGAAAGUUCCCGAAGCCAAUCAUGGAAAGGUCAACAAAGGGAAGGGCCCCAAAGGAAAUAGGGCUCGACAUUCUGAUUCAGAUCCGUAUCCACGUGGAGAUAACACCUCUCGUGGAAGAUGA